UUUUUUUUCAUUUAUUUAUUUAUUUAUAAUGGGUGCAACGACAAGUAGAGAAAACUCUACUCGUCUUUCUUUAAAGCAACAUGAAAAGACAAAGAGACGACGGAAACUACCUUCAUUAAAAACAAGAGAAAUCGAACCAAAACUCAAACAACUAUCAUCAUCACCACCUGUCAAUCUGGUCAAACAUCAAGUGGUACUUUCAGAUCAUAUUUCACCUGUAUCUUCCCUAUCUGCUAUCAUUUCUAUCCCUACCCAUCGGUCUUCUUGGAGAAAAAGUUUCAAUACACUAACAACACGAACUACAGCCAAUGAGAACACAAGCAUGACUUCAUCUUCAUCUUCUUGUUGCUUUGAAGAAGAAGAAGAAGAAGAAAUGAAAUCCUCUCCAAGAACUUCAGUUGGAUCAGAAGAACAGCACCUGAAACUCAUUCCUGAGAAUGAGUAUAUAAAAAAGAAACGAACAACAGGUAGCUCGUUUUCCUCCUUUAAAAGUGGACUUUCCAAGAAAGACAGCGAUAUUGUGUUUGAGCCUGCCAAAUUCAAUCCUAACAUAACAAAUGAUCUUAAAUCAUUCUGGUCUUAUAAUAAUGAUGAAAAAGAAUACAAUAGGCAAUUAAGACAGCAUUUUGUAUUGAAGCAUAUUCUUCAAGGCAAUAUUCAUGUUCCAGUACCCAAAGAUAAACCAAUCGUGAUACUCGACGCUGCUUGUGGAGCAGGUUUCUGGACAUUAGACAUGACUUCUGAAUUUCCCAAUGCUAAAAUUAUUGGUCUAGACACAUUUGUGACUGAAGAUAAACGAAUGAAGAACAACAAUUCUACCAACAUUGUCUAUAAAUAUGGUGAUUUAACAACUCAUUUGUCAUUACCAAACAAUUAUCUGGACAUUAUUUAUCAACGUGAUACAACGUCCAUUUUACCACACGAACGCUGGUCGUUUCUUUUUCAAGAACAAUUAAGAGUUUUAAAACCAGGAGGAUAUAUUGAAUUAGUAGAAUACGAUUUCAGAAUACGUGAUCCUGGACCAGUUUUGGCUCUUGUGAAUGAAUGGUAUAAAGUGGCUUCUAAUUCAGUAGGUGUCAAUCCUAAGCAAGCAAAACAUUUAAAGGAGCUCAUUGCUUCUGCUGGAUUUGUGGAUAUUGAACAAAAAACAGUGUCUAUUCCUAUUGGUGAAUGGCCUGAUACUGAAGUUGAAAAAGAAAAGGGAUUUCUGAAUAAAUUUUUGAUCAAAGGUCUCUUUAAGUCAAUGAAGUCUUGGUGGAUUCAUGAAUUGGCUGUUUCCGAACAAGAAUAUGACAAGGUAUUCGAGGCAGCGAUGGAAGAAUUCAGUGAACAACGAUGUUCUAUUGAUUGGAUUAUUUAUACUGCAAGAAAACCUUUGAAUACACCCACUUCCUCGAUUUAUGAAGCCUAAUUUUCGCUGGAACGAAUCUUGUAUUCAUCUGUAUACCCUUCCUCCUUAUGAUAAUAAAUCGCUUUUCUUGAAAACCUA